AUAUCAACAGAUAAAUGCAUUUUAAAUAAAUAUAUGCAAGAGAGUAUAUUACACUGGAGCUCCCAGGUAUGAAGUAAUCAAAAAAGAAUUGGAGCAGCUUGUUAUUUAGAGUUCAGCCGUCUUAUGGCGUGUAGGAAGAAGCUGUUUGAACCUGGCUGUUCUGCUUCGAAGAUUUCAGAACCUCCUUCCAGAGGCCAGCAGUGAGAACAGUCCAUGGUGGGGGUGGGAGGGGUCUCCGUUUAUGUUCAGAGCUCAGAACAGUGACUUGUCACAAAGUGAAGUCCCAAUAAUUCUCUAUGCUGUCCUUACCACCUUCUGCAGGGACGUCCAGUCAGAGGUGCUGCAGGCUCUGGUAGUCUUUGGUUACAAAACCACAGUACCUUUUUUUUUGAGUGGACACUAAAGCAUGUUUGUGUCUCACUCUGGAUAAAAGCAUCUGCUUAAUGUUGUAAAGGAAAUUUUUUUAAUAAAUUCUCAAAAUGCCCAUCAACAGGGCUGUGAAAGUGAAAGUGAAAGAUCAUCCUGCAGUUUUCCAUUCAUUUCAUGUCCUGCCUGAACCACUGCAGUCGUCUCGGAGACAUCACUUCAGAAUGACUCGAGAAACUGUCAAAGCUUUUGUUGUGAUCUGUGGGAAAACACUGAAUUCCCACCAGGCCUUUUUGGAUCAUCUCUCUCGUUCGCCCAACUUCCAUAAAGUGACCUCUGUGGAGGACAGUAACGUCAUCAUUGCUUUUGCUCCAGUUGUGUCUCGAGCUGGAACUGACAUUGAAGCAGCUCUUCGGAAGAUUAAAGCAAUCUCAGCCACCCAGCCUGUCGUUCUAGUGGUGCUCCACCACACAACUGAGAAGGAUCCAGUCGUUCCGAACAGCAGCCGGAGUGUUGACAGGAGUGACGUGUUCACUGUGGACUGCCCGUUUAAUGAAGACCGAGGGCUGCUGAGCUGUCAGCACAAUGACGAGGCACUGAAAGCAGUGAAAGAGCAUCUGGGACUAGAGGAUGGACGUACUCACAGGAAGCAGUGGGCUUGGCAGCUGCUUUUCUGGACACUUGCCUUGUUGACCACCAUUCUGAUUUCCUGCCUCAGCACUCCGGAUUACAUUCACGCCAUCUGGUUUAUUCCCUGGAUGCUCCUUCUCUUGGUGAUUCUCCUAGAGAGGCGUGGCUAUGGAAAGUGGAAUCCCCUGAUUAUUGUUAUUGUGAACAUGGUAGUGAUUCUACUCUCCCUCUUAACCAGUCAAGUGUCUAAAAAGAGAGAAAAUAACAGUACUGCUUUACUUGCUGAUGAACUCAUUUAACCCAGAGACUGACGAUGUCAUGAAAACAUAAAUGUGUAGCAAAAAAAAAAUGAUGCAUGAUUAAUAAUUGAUAACCAUUCACUGAUGGUAAUACAUACCAUUCGAAUACCAUUCACUGAU